AUGCCUAGAGACGACCUCUCCAUCGACUUUGUUAAGAGAAUGCCGCCCGGCGGCGAGGCGCUCGACCCAGCGCUCAUCCUGGACGACUGGAUCAAUAGGGUUCAGAACCUGCCGGAGGAGAUCCGCUUCCUCCAGGACGAGAUUGCCGACAAAGACCGCCAGUACAACGAAUGCAUCCGCAUCAUCGAAGAGCGCGAUGGCCGCAUCCAAAAAUUCAUAAAGGCGAACAGCAGUCACGACCACAACCCAAGAGAAGAGGGCUACCGUAAGACGAUUAUAGAGAACUUCAAGAAGGCCGAGGUGCUGGCCGACGAGAAACUGGCCCUGUCGCAAAAGAUGCGGACCAUCAUGGACCGCCAUAUGCGCCAGCUUGACAUGCAAAUAAAGCAGCUCUACGAUCGCAGCGAGCCCGGCUUUACCGACCCCGACGAACUUCCCUCCCUCCUACGACCGAGCGCUGCGAACAAAUCGGCAGCGGCGUCCGCACGCGCCUCUGCUGCCGCGUCGUCCUCUCUCCCAGCAGCAUCUGUUAGCGACAUGAUUAAGAACGCCACCAAAGCCGCCGCCGGGUCCGCGUCUCUGAAUGGUGGCGGCGCUGGAAACACGGUGCUUGCGGUGGGAGGUGGUCGUGGCGCCGGCAAUGCACAGGCCCGCCAGGCUCAGGCUCAGGCUCAGCAGGGGCACUCAUCGUCGGCGCCCGCUAGCCCCGCAGCAUCGAUGAUUCUGGGCCGGCAGGCGCGUGAGAGCUCUGCCGGCCCAGGUACGGCCCCGGGCAAACGUGGACCGCGCGCGGGCAGCUCACUCGCCAAUAUCCCGCCAGCCUCCAGCGGGCUUGCGCGGCACUCGUCCUUGGGACCUGGAACACCAAAGUCUCACCACGCAGGCGCUGGCGGCGUCCAACGAGCUGGAAGCGCCGGACCACGUGCAAUCGCAAAAGGCGCUGGCAUUGGGCCGGGGCGUAAAGGGAGCACGCCGGCGGUCAACGGCUCGGCAGGCGCUGCGGCAGGACCCGAGAAGGGAUCUGGUUCUGGGCGCAAAAAGGGCACCACAGGAACGAACACACCGACCACCAAGACGUCGCUAUCACGCGUCAAGCGACCCGCCAAGGCCUCAGCCGCAUCUUCGACAGCGGACGAAUCCGAACUUUCCGACGCGAGCUCCAGCGACGAUUCCGACGUCUCAUCACGACAUGCCACACCGACGCGCGGCUCCUCACAAGUUGGCUCCAGCUCCAACGCUGGGUCGGCUGCGAACGGGAAUGGCGCCAGUAGCAACGGCAAUGGUGCAGGAAACAAGGAAGCAGGCGCGUCGCAGCCGUUGGUCAAGCGCGAAAAGGACAACAGCAGUGGCAUUUCCAGUGGCGUGGGCAACGCAUCUGGCAAUGCGGGCGGACAGUCCGGGCCCGGUAGUGGACCUGGCGGACCUGGUCGCGGUGGUGUUAAUAAGCACCGGGCCGGUGACAAGCCGGGCGGCCGUGGUGUGGCCAAGGGCGCACCCUCAAGUGACGACCGGAUGGACAUCGAUGACGAGGAAGCUGGUGAUGACAACAAAUACUGCUUGUGUCAGAACGUAAGCUUUGGCGACAUGGUGGCGUGCGACAACGAGGACUGUCCAUUUGAGUGGUUCCAUUGGACGUGCGUGGGCCUCAAGAGCGAGCCCAACGGGACCUGGUACUGCCCGGUAUGCACCGAAAAGAAGAACAAGGCCGCCGGCGGCGGCGAAGGCCGCAUUGUAGUUGGGACUGGCGGCCAGCACGCGAGCCGCUCAGGCAGCGGCCCAAAUAAGGCCGACGCUGGUGGCAACGGUGGUGCGAAUGGCAGCAGCGGCCCUGGCUCUGGUGGCGGCGCCACUGCUUCUGCGGGCAAUGCCGCUGGCACACCGACGAGCGAAGGCAGUGCCGCUGACCGAGCGACACCGGCAGCCACAAAAAAGGGCAAAUAG